AUGUUGAGAGCAAGGCUCAAGGACACAAUCAACUCGCCAGGUAUUACAGCAGUACUUCCAAUUGCAGAAUCCAAAAGGUUAAUUUUAGCCAAAACAAAUGGUAAUGUAGAAGUAUAUUCAAGGGAAAAUAAUAAAUUUAAGUUAUUUCAGGUAUAUCCGAAUAUCCUCAAAAAUCUGCAUAUAGAUGAUCCUGAAAUAUUCGACCUUCUAUAUUCAGAACAACUCUCUACCAUUUUUGUUCAAUGCAAGAAUGUUGUUUUGUUAUUAAACAGUUUCAAUCUGCACGUAUAUGAUAGAAUAGUUGAUAAAAGGGGAAUCUCAAAAUGGUGGCUAACUAGUACAGUUAUUUACCCAUCUUCGACGGAAACAGAUGAUGGAUAUAGCUCAUCACCAGAAUCUGAGAAUCUAUAUGAGGCAAAUAUCGAUGGAAUCUCGCAUAAUGAUGAUUCAAUGUCUACUUUUUUACUUUACGCAACUGGAAAACCAUCUAAACUUAGGUUACUGAUCUGGAAGGGAAGGAUAUAUAAAUCAAUGGUUGAAAUUAAACUCCCUGGUUCAAAAGAGCAUGUAACUUCUGUAAAUGCUACGCCUAACGGUAUGAUUAUUACCACCAACAACGGCGUAUAUGUUUGGAGUUAUUCAUUAAUGGAAUUAAUCAGAAUUCAAAAAAUUGUAGAACGAACUUUUCCUAUAGAUAUGGUUUCUGCCAUAGUAGAUCUGCGAAGGCAGUGUGACUUAUCCUAUCCAGAUAAAAUUGUGCAAUCAGGGUCAUCCAAUUAUGAGGUUUUAGAACGUGUUUCAUCUUCGCAAGGAAGUAACAUUACCAAGAAAUCAAGUUUGUCAGGUUUCUGGCAUCGUAGAACCGAUAAAGACAAAGGAAUUUACAGAAAAAUACGAUACAGUUUUAAUGACACAAAUUCAUCGCCAUUUAUUGUUGACGGAUUAACAGAAAGUUUGUUUGAGGUCAAUUUAGAACGUGAUAAGGAGCCUUUUCUAAUAACAAAUAAGCAUGGGCAAUUUUUUGAGUGGAAUCCAUCUUUUGAAAACGUUGAAUACAUAUCUACUGACAUAUUGAUGAUGUACAACUCAAAGGAAAUAAGGUUUGUAGACUAUAAAAAUGGUUUCACGUUUCUAGAGGAAUAUAUCCUUGAUGGUAUUAAGAAGGUGGAAAAGGUAUUGGGUACAUAUUUAAUAAUAUGGACCAAUAAUGAUCGUAUAUUAUUGUAUCACUAUCAGGUCGAUGAUGAUAUUACAGAACUUGAUGGAAACAGUGAUAUAAGUAGCGACCAAGAUAGCGCUGAUGACGUUACAAUUUGUGGCAAAUUUCAUGAUUCGGAUUUUUAUUAUCUGUGGAGAAAAGUUCUCUUUUAUCAAUUUUUCCUACGUUCUCCCUAUUCUGUAGAACUAUGUGCCUCACCCAAUCCAGAAGUCUCAUUGGAUGUAUGUGCAAUGAAGUUGAGAGAUUUUACAGUUCUCUGGUGUCUGAAAAUAUUUGAUGCACUAGAAGACUGUCUGAAGAUUCUUAACUCUGGGGAAAAUGAAUUAGCAAAAAUCGCAAAUAAAAAUAAAACAAACCGACCUAUUAUUGAAGAGAAAUAUAUACGAAUUUUAGAAGAGAUUAUAGUAAAAGGUGUCUUUACCUAUUUUAUUGAUGUGUGGGCACCACCACAAUUGGUUAUUUUGAACACAUUUCCACCCGAUAUCUCAAAAUUAGUUAAUUUCCUGACAAAUGAAGAGCAUCAAUGUGUUAAUGAGAAUCACUCAAUGACAUCAGUUACUCUGUCUAAAUCUAUUCCGGAUCUAUUCAGGAAAUGGGUCAUUCCAUAUUUAACUGAUACUAGGAGAAACCUAAAGAACCUUCAAAAGAAUAACAACACAGGGAUUACCUGGAAUUAUUAUAACAGAUCUAUUCAGCAAAAACUGGACUUCUUCUUACUCGAUAAUCAUGGCCAAGUCACGAUCGAUGAUAUGCUGAGAUUAGUUGAUACCGUUCUGUUCAAGAUGUACAUCAAAUACGCACCAAAAAUGGUCGGUCCGUUGAUAAGAGUUGGAAAUUCGUGUGACCCUGUGAUAGUUGUGAAAACAUUAAAGUCUUGUAAUAUGCCUCAGGAAUUGAUCGGUUUUUAUUACCAACAGAACAAGCAUGGUGACGCUCUGAAAUACUUGGUUUCCUUACUAGAUGGAGCAACUAGUGAAUCAAAUAAGGCGAAAGUAAAAGAAUUAGUUAAAGUAUUGAUAAUAUCCUACCUAAAGUCUAUGGAUAGUAGUUAUAUGAAGGAUAUUAUGCAGUAUUCUAGUUGGCUUAUAGAAAAUUAUGGAACGACAGAACUUACCAAAUGUGAAAUAUUGAAAGACAUAUUUUUCGAUGAGACAGCAAUUGGUGACAAAAAUAAUGGUAUGCAAAUAUAUCAAUUUAUUAAAAAGUACAGCGAAAACUUAUCACUUACUUAUCUAGAAGUAUAUGUUAGUGCAAAAGACAUUAUUGAACAUGAUAUCAUAUAUGAAUUAAUUGAAAGAUAUCUUGUCGAGAUUAGUAAUAUCAAGGUCAGAAGGAAACUGAAAUCUGUUUUGGAGUUACCACUUGAGUAUAAUGUUUCGAAAGUGUAUACGAUAUUUGAUAGGUUUCUUGAUAGGGAUAGGGAUAGCGACGGUAACUCUUUAAAAUCAGAAGUGAGACGCUUUAUUAAAAUUAUGGAGACAUAUCCGCUAUUUAAGGAUAGUGAGCAUAAACAUGCCAUAGAUAUAUUGUAUUCUGAUCUUGGUGAUUAUAAAAAGUCAUCAUUGUAUUGUGAUAGAUUAUACGAAUCUGAUAGAAAUCGCGGGGUAGAAAUAAUAUUAUAUUUAUUUGAAAAGGUUGUUAAACAAUAUUUAGAAUCAACCGAAGAAGUGAUAAUGAAUGUCGAGAACGGUGCCUAUUAUAGCAACCAAGUUAUGAUGUUCCUGAAAGAUCAAGGGUCACGUAUAGAUAGCCUGAUGAUAUUGGAGAGGUUACCGCAAUCAAUACCCAUUCAAGAGAUAGGGAAGGAAUUAACAAAUGUCAUUAUGUCAAAGCAAAACAAUAAGGAAGAGGAAACAUUAGAGAAGUCACUACUGCAAGUCGAACUUGUAAACGAAUCAUUCAGCUUGAAUAAGGAAUUAUCUAAAUUUGUGACAUUGAAUGAAACUUAUAAAUGUCCUGUUUGUAAGAAACCCUUUUCUAUUUUUACAUCAGAAGAAGUACUAUGGCAUUGCACUGAUGGGAAAGAUUACAUUGUUCAUUACAAUUGUGGUAAGGUUCGUCGGUCUCGUUCGUUCUCGAUACAAGCAAAUAUUAAUAAAUCCAGUAUGAAACCACGGACCGUCAAGGAUAUGAAGAAUACAUAA